GGAUAACUGGUAUCUUCAAACAAAACGCAGGGGAAGGCGAGGAUGCAGAUGGUGAGGUUGGUGGAUGCGCACUGCCAUCUGGCAGACAAGAGAUUAGCAGUAGCAGACGUGGGCUCAUUGAUUGGAGCUGCUGCUAAUGCUGGGGUUUGUGCCUUUGCUGUCAACGGCACCAGCGAGGAAGAUUGGGAAUUGGUGAAGGAAAUGAGUGAAACACAUUCAUCAGUUAUUCCAAACUUUGGUCUCCACCCAUGGUUUGCUGGAAAGUGCACUUCCAACUGGUUACCUAUAUUGAAGGGCUUUUUUGAGGCAGUACCUUCAGCAGCAGUAGGCGAAAUUGGGCUAGAUAAGGGAUGUCCACAGGGAAAGGCCGUUGAUUUUGCAUUACAGAAAGAAGUUUUCAGGCAACAGCUAGAACUGGGAAUGCAACUGCAGAGGCCUAUUUCUGUUCACUGUGUAUCUGCCUUUGGCGAACUACAUGCAAUCAUAGAAGAGAUGGGCACAUUCCCAGCUGGCAUUAUUCUCCACUCUUAUAUGGGAUCUGCAGAGAUGGUACAAAGGUUGGCAAAGUUUGGAGCCUAUUUUUCGUUUUCUGGAUUUAUAACGUUCAAGAAACUGCAAGAGGCUAGAAAAAUUGUUCGGGCGGUACCCACAGACAGGAUUUUGCUAGAAACUGAUGCACCAGAUGCACUUCCACAUUUGAAUCUUGGGUCCCUAGUUUGGGUUCCUGGGGAUCCUUUGGUUCCACUAGAGUUUCAAGAGAAAUUACAGUAUCAAUUAAGAUCAGAUACAGUAUCAAAUGAAUAUGCUACUCCAGUUCAAGAUAAUAGAUUAAAAGGGUUUGAUUCCUCUGUCCAAAAGAAGGCUCUUAACCACCCUGCUAAUAUAUAUACUGUCCUAAAAUAUGUGGCCAAUCUACUUGAAAUAUCAGAUGAAAAACUGGCUCAGAUCAGCUAUGAAAAUGCUGUCCGUGUAUUCUCCUACUCAGGUUCAAAGUUGUGCUAAUUUAUGCCGCAGUUGAAAUAGAUAUUAUGUUGCAUUUAUCAUUGCAACGAAGGUCUUUUAUUUUGGUUCCCUUUUUAGUGUUAAAAAAUCUGUUAGUUUGAUUCAAAGCAAGAGUUCUUUUUUACUUGAAACUCGGUGGCAUGCUGGUUUACAAAUGUUGGUAGCACAAGACGUGGACCAAUGAACCUUCAUAAUUUCAAUGACAGCUGAAAGAAUCUCUGAGUGCUUGGCUUGUGCAUAGUCGCUGAAUGGGUAUUAUGCCUUGCAUGUGAAUUUGAUAAUAUUCCCAGUCUAUACGGAUGCAUUCCUAUGCAACUGUAAUUUGAGCUGGUGAUUGCUUGAUAAUUCCUAAAGUCGGGUAAAAAUUUCAUUAGAGAAAUACUAGCACCAGUCAUGUAAGUAUAUCUGUUUCUGAGUUAUAUUGUAGGUUGAAUUCUACAUCUCAUGUGGUUCAUAAAAGUAUCCAUUGAUUAUAUUUUUCAAUAUGAAAUCAAUAUAAAAGUGUUUAUCUAA